UCCAUUGUUGUGUAGCAGCUCCAGCUCGAAGUUAACGAGGACUCUGGAAGAGUAGAUCGAAUUCAAAUCAUCGUAAUGUUCGUCGUUUCGAAAUUGCAGGUCUCGGACCCUGCAAUAUUGCGGAAUCCGAUUCUUCAUCAUGGCUUCGUGGGCUUUAAUGCUUCUCUUCUCCGUCGGUAUACUUUUCGGCCUCCGCUCCGGCGGCUCGCUCCGCCGGCCUUGCUAUCCGUGCACGUAUCAGCUGCGAGUUCUCCGCCGUUGGAUUCGGCGCCUCCGGGAACUUCCGAGCUGUCGUCCCCCUCCCGUCUGACGGAGUCCGUCGGUCCUCCUCCUCUCCAUUUCUCUCAGUGGACACUUACGCAUAAACACAUCGUCUUGCUCAAUGUCAUCGCUUGCGCUACAGCAGUUUCAGCAACAUGGCUUUUCUUUGCUGCAAUUCCUGCUCUUCUGGCUUUCAGGAAAGCGGCCGAGUCACUAACAAAGCUUAUGGAUGUAACCAGAGAAGAGCUGCCUGAUACAAUGGCAGCCAUCCGUUUGUCGGGAAUGGAGAUCAGUGACUUGACAAUGGAGCUCAGUGAUUUGGGGCAUGACAUCACUCAAGGUGUUAGAAACUCAACUCGAGCUGUUCGCUUAGCCGAAGAGAGAUUGCGGAGAUUAACAAAUAUGGAUCCAGUAGUUUCCAUGCAGGAGGCAGAGUACCCAAACACGGAGCAGAAAACGGGCCCCCGGGUAGCUAGAGCUGCGAGGAACUUGAGGGAAGGUAUCGUGAAAGGACGAUCUCUCCUGAAAUUGAUUUUCACUAUAACUCGGAUUUCUAAGAUGGCUUUCAGCUUUCUCACGAAACGCUCUAAGCAACAAUAGCUACGAAACCCGACGCUGACUUCCGGUUGACAGGUCAGCAAUCUGUUUCCUCUGUUUCGUGCGUUUCUUGCUUCUUUCCGGCAGCAAGAUCCCCUCUUUCAUUAGGCACAGAGGUUUUUACUGGCUUCCUAGUAUUGUUUUCCCAGAAUGUUUAACCAUGUUCAUGUGACAUCAUGAUGAUAAAUAUGAUGUUGAUUCUCCAGGAUUCAUCAAUUCUCCUAUAUAUGUAUAUAUGUAUAAUAAGAGACCAAAAAUGUAGAAUAUAUACAGUUGCUGUCA